AUGCCAUCAGAUAUCGUUUAUCAACGCCCUUUGUUCGGAGGGCAAAUAUCAUGCACGUUUCCCAACAGAUUCCAGGAUGUCAGCGAAAUUCGCCAAGUACCUGAUCAUCAGGAGGUGUUUGCGGAUCCUAGUCGCGAUGAAAGUUUGAUUGUUGAGCUUUUAGAGUUUAAGCCUGAUGUUGCUGAUAAUGGUAGUGCUGUGUGGUUUCUACAAGAUCUUGCUAGGGAACAGGAUGCUGAAGGAACUGUGAUUAAUGAGCAGUCAGGAGUUCAUGAAGCACCUGGUUUGAUGUAUAAUAAUAUACCGGCUGUUGUAACCACUGCAGUAGGACAAAUGGCGAUUUCUAAGGGACGACAGGGAAGGGAAGCACAAAAUCUUGUGAAAGUUCAUUUGGCAAAUUUGCGUAUUAAAGGAGUUGAUACUGAUGUACUAAUCACUGCAUAUGAGCCGGUUGUUAUAAACCCUUUUAGCGAAAGUGCGGACGCGGUUGGUGCCGGCAUGGCUGUUCCUGCUGCACAAGCUGGAUGUAUGCCAAUGGAUGAGGUCUUUAAACUUGCUGUUACUAGCUUCAAGGUUUAUGACUGGAGUCUUUUUUGA